AUGGGCCCCGAGGUUCGCGACCGGCACCGAGAAUCCUCUUCCGCGUCCCAGAUGCCUUCGGAGCCCAUCCAGGCCCCUGCCCAGGCGCCGACCCCCGGCACAGACUCAUCCAUUGGAAGUGUUACAACAAAAAAUAACGACAGUCAGAUCAGCCGGCUGCUCUCUGGCAUCUCAGCUUCAACCUCAUCGGACCAAGAAGGGGUUCCUCGUCCUGGGGUUGGGGGGAGAAAAAGACGCCCAAGCGAGAUCCCCCUAGACUGGGGCCGCCUCUUUCGGCUUCGGCAGCUGAACUCGCGUGCCGGGGGCUCCUUCUCGCGGCCGGCGGGCGGCGGCAGCGGCUACGAUUCGCAGGCUCGAGAUCCGUUGCCCCGAGAUCCGCUGCCCACGACUUACCCCCUAGCACCUCGAAGCGCGAGGGACCAAGAAGCUUUGCAAAUAGCAGAAGGGAGUGGAUCUGUGCCCAGAUUGCGGCCGCCGCACGACAACCGCACCAUGGUGGAGAUAAUCGCCGACCACCCGGCCGAACUCGUCCGCACCGACAGCCCCAACUUCCUGUGCUCGGUGCUGCCCUCGCACUGGCGCUGCAACAAGACCCUGCCUGUGGCCUUCAAGGUGGUAGCCCUUGGAGAGGUACCAGAUGGGACUGUGGUUACUGUCAUGGCGGGUAACGAUGAAAAUUAUUCUGCUGAGCUCCGAAAUGCCUCUGCUGUAAUGAAAAACCAAGUAGCAAGGUUCAACGAUCUGAGAUUUGUGGGCCGGAGUGGACGAGGCAAGAGUUUCACCUUGACCAUAACAGUCUUCACAAAUCCUCCCCAAGUAGCUACCUAUCACAGAGCUAUUAAAGUUACAGUGGAUGGACCCCGGGAACCCAGAAGGCACAGACAGAAGCUUGAUGACUCUAAACCUAGUUUGUUCUCUGACCGCCUCAGUGAUUUAGGGCGCAUUCCUCAUCCCAGUAUGAGAGUAGGUGUCCCGCCUCAGAACCCACGGCCCUCCCUGAACUCUGCACCAAGUCCUUUUAAUCCACAAGGACAGAGUCAGAUUACAGACCCCAGGCAGGCACAGUCUUCCCCACCGUGGUCCUAUGACCAGUCUUACCCCUCUUACCUGAGCCAGAUGACGUCCCCAUCCAUUCACUCCACCACCCCGCUGUCUUCCACACGGGGUACUGGGCUUCCUGCCAUCACCGAUGUGCCCAGGCGUAUUUCAGAUUCAGAGCCCAGUACCUUGGACUCGCAGUCUUCGACCACCCUGUUCCUCUCCUCGGAGGAGCCUGGUCCCUCCACGACCGCCCUGCCUUCCCCUUCCUCCUCCUGCGAACCACAGGUCUUUUCCCCGGGCCCCGCGGUGCUGACCCCGCUGCUGCCGCCAUCACUCCCCGCCGGCGCGCCCCCUGGCUCCGGCGCCCCUCGCCGCGCUGGCCUCUACACGGUCGUCGCCUCCUCCCCCGAGGCUGCCCCACGCCUUGUCGACUGGCUGCCCGGCUGCCCCUCGGCCACCUCUCCCUGCGUCCGCAGGGAUGAGCGGGAGCGGACGUCCGCCCAGGGUCAGGACACAGGCCAUGCCCCGCGCCCUGGCGCAGCGGGCAAGGAGGAGGGCACCGAGGACCCGCGCGCCUCCCCGCCGCCCUGCUCGCGGCCCGCCGCCACUGCCAGCCUGGAGGCCAACGUCGGGGACAUACUGGUGGAGCUGCGGACGAUGAAUGGCCACCUGGACGUCAUAGCGAGGGCCCUCACUAAACUGGCCUCAUCCCUGGGACCCCAGCCCCAGCCCCUGCCGGAUGCCCCAGAUGCCAACUAAUGGAGUAAGAGCGCUGCUGGGUCAUCCAAGACAAGAGGUGCCCAGUGCACAAGGCCUCCCUGCCGGGGGGGGGGGGGGGGUCCCUGGGAGUCAAGCAAACCCAGUAAAAGAACCGUUGCUCUGAUCAGCAGAAUGGAUGUCCCUGGCACGUCAGUCUGGAAGCUGCCUCUCAGCUCUCGGGCUGGGCGGCCCCAUCCUGUGGACCCUCCUGGCCUUUCAAAUGCCCUUCUUUUGUUUUGAGCUCCAGGCAGAAAAUGUGCCUGGGCAAGACAUUUGGAGAACCCUGCUCCCCAUCCACCUCCUGUGACUUGUGUGUGAUGUGGGGAGACAGCGGGAGAAAAAACUGUCACCAAAGCAUUAAUUCAAGCUCCAGAGUUUCCUUCUUGAGCUGACGAUGGUGUAUCCCCCUCUGGUGACUUUCACACAUUACUUCUUAAAAAUCUUUUCUGAGAAACGAAUUUAUAUUUUUUCUCAUUAUAACCAUGUUUCAAGAAGUCUGGAAAAUAGAGAAGUGAAAAGAGACUGAUGUAUUUGGGAAAAUGGGAGUGGGUAUUUAAGUCUUUUUUUUUAUAAUAAGAAAGUAUUUUGUAUAAUAAAUAAAAAUUUUUAUAUCCACUUUCUGGA